CGCCUUUGCUCCCUUCUUCUUUCUUCUUCUUCCACCUCCGAUCGAUCGGCUCGUCUCUCCCCUUCCCCACCUCCAUGCCACCGACACGCGCCUCAAGCUAGAACCCUAGCCCCGAUCCCCGAUGGCCGCGCCGCCCGUCUCGGGGGAUGGGGCGGCGGCGGCGGCCCCCGUGGUGGCCCUGGGCGCCGCGGGGGCGGUGGGGGGGCCGAGGCCGUACGAGGUGGCCGUCGCGGCGGCGGAGCUCCGGCCCGUGGACUGCAACCUCGCGGCGCUGUGCGACCACGUGCAGGCGGAGGGGUUCGGGUCCGGGGCGUUCUCCGACGUCGUCGUCGAGGCCAUGGGCGCCACCUACCGCCUCCAUCGCCUCAUCAUCUCCCGCAGCGCCUACUUCAGGAAUAUGCUACAUGGUCCUUGGAGGGAGGCUGGAGCUCCCACAGUGGUGUUGCAUAUAGAUGAUCCAAACAUUGACUCAGAAGCAAUUGCAAUCGCGUUAGCAUAUCUUUACGGGCAACCCCCAAAGCUUAAUGAUAACAAUGCGUUCCGAGUACUUGCAGCUGCAUCAUUUUUGGAUCUUCAGGAUUUAUGUACAAUAUGUACCGACUUUAUUAUUUCUGAGCUUUGGACAUCAAACUUUUUGCAAUAUCAGCUGUUUGCGGAGAGUCAAGACUAUGGUAGUCAUGGGGAACGUGUCAGAAAUGCCUGCUGGGGUUAUCUUUGCCAAAGUGCCACAUUGGAACUACGAGAGGUGCUCCCAAAACUUUCUUCACAAACUUUGCAUGCGCUCCUUACAUCUGACGAAUUAUGGGUACCUAAUGAGGAGAAACGGUUUGAACUAGCAUUAUAUGCGUUGCUUGCAAAGGUCACUCUGUCUGAUGUAGAAGUUAGUGGAAAUGAAAAUUUGAACCUUACGUCAAGCUCUGCGAAUUCUGAUCAUUCCAUGAGGAAGGGAAAGAGUCCAAUGAAUGAAGCUGGUGAGGAGCAGCUUAUGGGGUCUGAAUUGCAGAACUUAAAAUUACAUGACAACACAGAGACUAUAAGUGCCCAUAACACUAGUGAUAUUCCAGAUAUGGUAAUCCCGCAGGAUAGCACAGCAUACUCCAUUGAGCAAAAUGCUGAGGCUUCCAGGAGGAAGGUAAAUGAUUUUUCCACAGGAGGACCAUCUGGGGAAAGCACUUCUUAUCAAUUUAACGAGGAUAUCUGGCUUUCUAGUGACCAAACAAGGAACUACCUCUCAAGAACCUCUUCCAGUAAUGGGUUAGUUCCAACUGAGUGGGGAAAGCCCAACGCACCACUUUGGGGUGGUAGGGUUGUUGGUCGGCGGCAAGUUAGAUGUGUUAGGGGAAGUUCUUCUCUUUCUGCUGAUGAAUACAAUGCUUUUAUGAAUAUAUUUGAAAGGGGUUCUCUUCUCUACUGUAAUAUGUCAUUUGAUGCAUUGUUAAGUGUUCGAAAGCAACUUGAAGAGUUUGGGUUUCCUUGCAAAGCUGUAAAUGAUGGUCUUUGGCUACAGAUGCUUCUGUGUCACAGAGUACAAGCAAUAGUUGCUGAUACUUGCACAAAUUGUUGCCUUACUGGUAAUUCAUGUGCUUGUAAACAAGCACAUGUGAGUUCACAUCAUCACUACAGGCAAGAGCAUGAUCGGAGCAGUGCUUCCGGUACUGUAGGUAAUAUCUACCUCACAGAUGCCCAUGGUGAAGGAAAUGCUGUUUUUGGGCCUGUCCGUGUCAAUGUCAGAGGAGCAGUUGAUGGACUUGCUGGUAUUGGGAGAGGAAAUUCUAAUGUUCCUGGUGCAGCUUGGGCUCCCACACGUUACGUCUUCUCUCGUGUUCCUUAUGGACUUGGUUCAAGAAAUGGUCAACAACCAUUCGCAAAUGAUGAAUCAGAACCUAGAGUCGACUACAAUGGUGAUAUUUCAGGAGAUGGUCUGACUGCAUUGGUUAAUCUUAGCCAAGAAAGCAGUGCUUCUCAUCAUCAGACAGAAAGUAUAUUUGAGACAGGCAUUCAAGUUAGAUAUUCUGGUGCUGCUUCUGUUUCAACCCCAGGUGGUUCCUCUCUCCAGAUGCAAGAGUCAAAAGAGCAUGAACUUGGAUCCAACUUGGAAACUACAGAGAACACAACUAUCUCGUUGGACAUGAAAACACCACUUAGUCACUUCCCACCUUUCCGCUUUGGAGUUGAGUUUGAAGAUGUGCACAGGCUCGCAGAUAGUCAGGUGAAGCAUUCGACUGAAGUAUUUUAUGCAGGCUCUCUUUGGAAGGUAAGUGUCCAGGCAUUCAACGACGAGGAUCCUCAUGGACGUCGCACCCUUGGACUCUUUCUGCACCGACGCAAGGCUGAGCCUUUAGACCCAUUGAGGAAGGCCAACAUGUAUGUAGACCACCGGGAAAAGGUCACUGCUCGGUAUCAGCUUAUCUGUCCAUCGAAGAGAGAGGUCAUGAUUUUCGGAAGCCUAAAGCAGGCUGGCACACUCCUACCCAAAGCUCCAAAAGGGUGGGGUUGGCGCACUGCCAUAUUGUUCGACGAACUUGGCGAUCUUCUCCAGGGUGGAUCCCUGAGAAUUGCUGCAGUAGUCCAGCUUGUCUAAGCCAAAUUGCCCUUGUAUAUCUAGAAACAAUAGUAGUGUUAGCUUAUUGCAAAUGGAAAAAAGAAGGCACUAAAUGGCACUUGCAAAGUAUGGUAAUGUCACUGUAAUGCAAUGGUUCUAUUGUAUUUAUUCCCAAACGUGACGCCGUCAUGCUUGUGUGUGUAAUAGGAACUAAUAUAUAGCCAAGUCAUGCAUUCGAUAUCAUAGGACCCUAGGUGGGUUCUUGUGGUUAGUUUUUUUUUAA